AUAUUCAUAUCGCUACUAGUGCCAGUCUUGCAAGGUGAAUAUCAUAUCCAGGGCUAGGUCUAGGUAAGAUCUAUACUUAGCAUUCAGUUCCUAAAGAGAACACCAGCAUAGAUAGAUAUAGAUCUAGCUAUGGAGGAUAUUAAAGUUGCUGUCCUAGUUUUCACACUGCUGUGCUGCACCAGUGGAAUGUCACUGGCUUGUACCAACAAUACAUCAGUAGGUAUAGCUCACCAACUUGAAGUGAGCCUGUCUUCUCCUGUGUCUAUCUGCAUCCAGUUGAACAAUUCUGAGGAAUUGGAGCCCAUCCGUGUUUCAGUUACGAGUGAGAAUGCUACGUCUCGCCAUCCAGUUCUGGUCACGGUGAGACAGCCCAUGGGCAUAAACUCCUGGACACUGCCUUAUGUAGAGAGUGGGUUUGCAUUUAGCUCAGUGGAGCGUACCCUAUGUCCUCUACUGAACAAUGACAACUCUGGCAGUGCGAUCCUGUACAUUGAUCUCUCCACCACUCAGACUACACCCCUUUCCGUCGUACUGAAUACUGCACUCAUCACUCCAUUCAAGCUGCAGAUGAACACACCGGUGUCCUUGGAGGCUUCACCCUCGGGACCCUCUUACUUGCUCUACGAGUAUGAAGAUCCACCUACUGACAAAUACGUGCGGAUCAACUUCUUAUCAACAGACAACUCCAGUGACAUUUGCGCCAUUGCUUCAAUUCAAACUUCUUUUUGUCCUAUGGUGGAGCUUUUGGACAACCCUAACCACCGAGGGACAUUUCAGACUAUGCGUUCUGUUGCAUCAAUUACUGCUCGUGAAAAUGACACUAACGCUGCCCCCCACUUCGGUUUCUUCUAUGUUGUGCUGAGUGUGCUUCCCACUGAUGGUGUGGAUGGUUCCUGUGUAUCCACUGCUAAGGGCACAGGAGACGAGCUCAUUCUGUUGAGAAGUGCCAUCAACAACUUCGACCCCACCCCCUAUUCUGGCCUGGACAGGACCAAGACUGUCAACAUCACUGUUGAAUUAGUGAAUCCUGACCUGCCAGCUGCCUUAGUACUUCCCAUAGGCAUCUACAUGUUGUUUGUAGUAAUAGCCUUUGUGUGGAUCUUUAUCACAACAUUUCGAAGGGAGCAAAAGAAGCACGAGGAGAGUUGCUGCUCAAUCCUAUGGUGUAGUUUAUGCAGGAAGUACAAGGGUACCUAUGAUACCAGUGUUGGCAAUGGUAAACUCUCAGGGGACAUAGACUUGCAAGAACAUAAUUCUGGAAAUGUUAAGGAAGAUACAGCCACCGAUAGCAAUGGAGUAUCUGAGAAGAACGGGCAUAGUACAGCACAGGAGAUGACCCAGCCUGGCACUUUUAAGAUCAACAUUGCUAUGUCCGAGUUGGGGAAGAUUGAUGAUUCACCAGCUCGACAGAAAGUGUACUAUCACUAUUUCUGGUAUCUCCUGGUCGUGAUAGUAUUCUACAGCAUACCAGCUUAUCAACUCGUGACCACUUAUCAGAAGUUGUUGUUAUCAAGUGGGAAUGAGGACAUAUGCUACUACAACACACGGUGUGCCACACCAUGGCUCAGUGUGAGCGCUUUCAACAACAUAUUUUCCAACAUUGGUUACAUUAUUCUCGGAUUGCUGUACAUUGUAGUCACUUAUUUAAGGCGUAGACGUUAUCGGAGAUUGGAAGAAAACAACGCUACUUGUGAUCAUCAUAAAAAACAAGGCAUUCCUGAAACAUUUGGAAUCUAUUAUGCAAUCGGGCUUGUGAUGAUUGCCCAGGCGUUUAUGAGUGGGGCCUACCAUCUCUGCCCCAGCACUACCAACUACCAGCUUGAUGUCACCUUCAUGUACGUCAUGAUAUCACUGGCCAUGUUUAAAAUACUCACCAAUCGAGCUCCUGACUUGGCCCCAGCUCUGCACAGACAGGCCCUUUAUCUUAUGAUACUCAUACUGGUGGUGGUUCUAGGCGGGCUCUGGUUUGAAUACUUGGCCUUCAAGAUAGUAUUCAUUAUCGCUUAUUUAGUGUUAGCAGUAUAUUUUUCAUUUGAGAUGUACUACCGGUUUAAAAUUGGACUGAAGCCGAGCUCAUACCGAGAACUCCACAAAAUUCACAAGGAGAAGUUUUUUCGACUUCAGCAUCCUUGCAAGUUUCUUACACUUCUGAUCUCCCUCUUGGUCAAUACAGUCAUUGCUGGUGGGAUAUUUCUUGCUGAUGCAAGCAAUAUUGAUUUUGCAAGAUACUUUUUACUAAUCGUCUUGGUCAACUUCUUGAUUUAUCUGCUCUACUAUUUGUUUGCGAAGGCUAUAAAAAAGGAAUGCUUCACACUGAGAGUUUUUAAGCCUGUUUUGUACUGCAUUCUCGCCGUCUUAAUGUGGAUAGUGGCCAUCUACUUUUUCACAAGAAAUGUAACAGAUACCAGUGUUUCACCAGCCCUGUCUCGAGAUAGCAAUCAAGAAUGUCUGGCGUUCGGUUUCUAUGACUCCCAUGAUUUGUGGCACUUCAUGUCAGCAUUCGCCCUGUACUUCUCUUUCAUACUACUCCUGACCCUGGACGAAGGCCAAGAAGGAGUUUAUAGGACUGAAAUUAUGACAUUUUAACUUUUAUAUUUCCUUGCUGAGAUACAUAAUUAGCUAUAGCAGCUGCAAUAUUAUAGACUUAUAAUUAUUUUUUAACUUCUGCUAUAAAUUAUUAUACAGUUCACAUGA